AUGAACUCACCGACGAUUCGGAGGUCGAGUACAUCGAGGUCGCUCAGGGAGCUAAACCAUUGCUCGGAAGGGGCGGCUGCUGAACACUCAGCGACUACCGGCCAAGAGCAGGGCGCUGUCACCGAAUUCGUGCCACAGGUAAUUUCGGCGAUCCGCUACUACGAAAACCUCGGGCUCAUCGAGGCCCAACGAACGCCCGGCAGUCGUCGCGUGUUCGCGCGCAACACGUUGCGGCGGCUCGCAUUCAUCCGAGCGGCAUCCAACGUUGGUUUGAGCAUCGACGAGAUUGGUGCCGAACUCGCUUUGCUGCCCGCUGGCCGCAAUCCGACGAAGGCCGAUUGGGCGCGCAUUUCAGCUGACUGGCGAGGCCGACUCGAUGAGCAAAUCACUGCACUCACGAUGCUGCGCAACGGAUUGGACUCCUGCAUCGGCUGCGGAUGCUUGAGCCUUAAAGCGUGCCGUUUCUCCAACCCCGAUGAUGUUCUUCAGCACAAGGGAGCCGGAGCCCGGUUACUUCCUAAAACGCUACGCGACUAG